AUGAUGGAGGCACUAGGGAGGAGGGUGGUGGCGGUGGUGGGAGGACCAAUGCGAGCACACGACAACAUGUUGGUAGGAGAAAGAGCUCCAGUGGGGGAGGAGAGGCAUCAGUUGUGGGUCACGAACUUAUGCGCGCAACAGUCGUCUCUGACUACUGGUAAACCUUAUGUGCCAGGAUCCAUGGAAGAAUUAGAAACUUUCUUCGAGAUAAAUAUCUUGAUGGGCAUAAAACCACUUCCUAGCUACAGAGACUACUGGAGUUCAGGUGCUGAUCUCCAUGAUAGUUAUGUGAGUCAGCUGAUGUCAAAGAGGCGUUUCGAAUGGUUUCUCACCAACUUACAUUUGAAUGACAAUAGUAAAAUGCCACAACGAUGGGGCACCAACUAUGAUAAAAUUUAUAAGUUGCGUCCUUUCCUAGAAAGAAUUUCACAUAACUUACAGAAAGCACUUAAUCCAAAUGAUUGUAUGGCAGUGGACGAAUCUAUGAUUAAAUUUAAAGGAAGAUAUUCUAUAAAACAGUACUUGCCAAAGAAACCUAUCAAGAGAGGCUACAAGGAGUGGGUAUUAGCAGACAAAUCUGGCUAUGCAUGGAAAUUGGACAUUUACAUAGGAAAGAAAGAUAAUGCUGUGGAAAAGAAAUUGGGAGAAAGAGUUGUGAAAGACCUCACUGAAAAUAUUAAAGGUAAGGAUCACAGAGUUUACUUUGAUAAUUAUUUCAGUAGCCCAGAUCUCCUAAGAGAUUUAAAAGAAAACAAAAUACAUGCUUGUGGUACAGUGAAUCCAAGUAGAAAAUCUUUACCUAAGCUGAAAAGUGACAAGGAAAUGAAAAGGGGUGACUAUGAUUGGGCUACUAGCAAUACAGGCCUUAGUGUGAUGAAGUGGAAAGACAAGAGAUCCGUCCAUCUGCUUUCAAAUUUCCAUGAUCCAAUUCAAACAACAGAGUUUACAAGAAAGGAAAAAUAUGGAAAUGAAAUAAAAGUUUCUUGCCCCAUUGCUCUCUCCGAUUACAAUGCCAACAUGAAUUGUGUAGAUAAAUUUGACCAGCUGAAGGGCGUAUAUGAAACUGACAGAAAGAGCAGAAAGUUGUGGCACAAAAUAUUUUGGUACUUUAUUGAUGCCACCGUGGUGAAUGCUUUCAUCAUCCAUAAAGAAAUGAAGUGGCCUAAGACGACUCUGAAGGACUUCAUAAGAGAAAUCGCAAGGGAUUUAGUGGCACCUGCCUUGGUAGCUUCAAGAGGUAAAAAGCGAAGUCUGAGCAGCCAUCUCCAGUUCAACAAGAAGAAAUCCAAUGUUCCGAAAUCUGUGCGUCUUGAAAGUUCAUCUCAUCAGCCAGAAAGAUCUACAAGGAGGAGAUGUGCAGCAUGUAGUUCCAAGAAACAACAAAUUCGCACCGACUGGAUGUGUAGUGUGUGUAAGGUUCCUCUAUGCUUAGGGAAAAGGAAGACAUGCUUCCAAGACUAUCAUGCAUCUUGA